AUGUCUGGGAUACAGUGCUUAAGAUCUGAAUCGGAUUCAAUCGACAGUGAUAAUAGAAAUGAAAGCAUUAAAAAUUUAAGAAAUGCAGAUAUAAGCAUUGAAGUUUCUUCAUCAAAUGAAGCUAUGGAAAGUUGUGGUCACUGCGGAAGAACUAAAAAUGUGUCUUCAUUGCAGCAGUCUUGCCGGAAGAAUAGUCAGAAUCCUUCAAUGCCAAUGAUUGAAUCCAUCCAAAUGCAACAGUUCCAAUUUGAUGCACCUGCAAGUGAUUUAGGAAUUCCAGAAUCCAGCUACAAUUUGUAUGGAAAGAUGAAAACAGUAAUGGGAAUACGUCAAAAUCUAACUCGCACAAUUAAAAAUCGAAAUGAUUAUAAGAAGCACAGAUCAAUUCGUACCAUGGAAAAUGGCCAACUUUCUCUGGGUUUAUCACAUUGUGCGAAGUCAAGAUAUAUAAUUCCCUCGGUAAUACCAGUUCUGGUACCUGUUGCCGUUCCGCUACAGUAUUCUUCAAGCUAUGAAAGUUGCCAUAGAGGACAUGGUGGGCGUGAUGAAUACCAACAUGAUAAGCAUGGAUACAACCAAUUGAAUGGCAAUACAUUAAAAGUAAAAAGAACCAAUUUUCAUAUGCAAAAGUGCAAACGUCCAUCGGAAGGCAAUGUCAGCAUGGUUAAGAAACGGCAGCAUGAUAAGCAUUGCAAAGGUCGUCCAUUCACCAAUAAGGGAAUUUCGAAAACGUUUUACGUUCGGAAACUCCGCAACCGUGAAGGUAAAUUGUUAUAUACUUCCGAUGAAUCGUCAGCAGACGAAACUCCCUCUGGUGAGGCAAACUGCCGGCUUAUCAUACGUGAUGAUGAUGUUUUUGUUGAAGACAAAACCGAUGUCACUGCUAACUUAUUGGAAAAGGAGCUUGUUUUGGAUAUCAAUGACCCAAUAACUUCUUUUGUACACCCAAGAAAACAUGCUUUGGUUUAUCAGGCUUUUUUUGAACAUGUGAAAGUGGAUGAAGGUGAUGAAGUGCUAGUGAAAAGAAGUGAUGAUGACUAUGACAACAAGAAUUGGCCAUUAUUCUUCGUACAGAUUCAGCGCGACGAUUUGCUUGAUGUGUUGGAAGAACAACUUGAUUCGCUGCAGCCAACCGCUUUAAUUAGUGAAGAGGAAUUGCAAGUGGGUACUUUAUGUGUAUCGUUUUGUCGUGCAUUUGAAUCAAUGUUUCGAGCAGUCAUAACAAAUAUAUGCAAUGCUGAUAUUGAAGUUCAUUAUGUAGAUUAUGGCAAUUAUGAAAUAGUGGACAGGAACGAUUUAAAGUCGAUCAGUGACCUGCCCGAUAUCGCUCGUACUUAUCCAGGAAUGGCGAUCCCGUGCAUACUUUUUAACUCAGAUCUCGCACCAACUUUUCCGAAUUGUGAGAAAGCCGAAGACGAAGCAAUAACAAAAUUGAAGGGUGCCGUUUCGUGCGAACACUAUUCAUUCCGAAUUCGAAUACUGAAAAUUCGUGAAGAUGGAAUCUGUAUUGUUGAAUAUAUUUCAUCGUAA